AUGGCAUUUGAUGGCUCAUACGUCUAUUUGUACCUCCAAAAUAUAGUCAACCUCUUAAAAGGACUACGAAGUGGAAAGUUUGCUUUACAUUGCAUAAUCUGCUCAAGAAUACUACAUACAGGUGGGACUAUCCUUGUUUGUAAAACGGAAAUUUUUGAAGGGGGAGAAUUGGAUAGUACUAUGAAGAACCACAAGCUCACUUUCCCAUAUAUAUUAUAUUUGUUUGUGCAUGUGCGUGUUUUAAUGGCUCACAUGAGUGGAACACACAAAGAUGGGUGUCAGCAGAGCCAUGGUUCAACUUCAUACAAUGGAAAUUCUGUGCAUGGAAUGGAGGGUGCUAUCCCCACGUUUCAGCACCAACAGACAAUCUCUAUGGACUGGACACCAGAAGAACAAGCUCUCUUGGAAGAAGGUCUUGCCAAAUAUGGUUCUGAGUCAAACAUUAUCCGCUAUGCAAAGAUUGCAGUGCAGCUGAAAAAUAAGACAGUCCGUGAUGUGGCAUUACGCUACCGAUGGAUGACUAAGAAAGAAAAUAGCAAGAGAAGGAAGGAGGAUCUUAAUGCCACAAGGAAAAGUAAAGAUAAAAAGGAAAAGUUUGUCGAUCCUCUAGCAAAGCCAUCUCGUUUGGGGGCCCAGCCAAAUUUACUUCAUGCUUCAGGAAUGAUUAACAAUAACAAUGGUGAUAGCAUAUCGUAUAAUGGCAUCGAUGGUGUGACUCGGGAGCUUCUGCAGCAGAACAGUUGGGCCUUCGAAAAGAUAUCUGCUAAUUUGAACACCCAUCAGCUUGGACAACAUGACUCCAACAAUGAAGAAGAUGCCUCCACUUCCCAAAUUGAAUGA